AAUUUAUAUUAUAUAUAUUAUUAGUAUAUAUAUAUUAUAUACAAUUUAACUAUAUAUAACAAGUAAAUAAAUUUGAAUGCCAUCAUAUAUGCAUCAUUGUUUGUAAACAAAUUUAUGAGACAAUGAUACCUCAUUCUAUUUACUUGUUACAAUCCUGACCAUAUGAGCAUUCGCAAUAACUGGUGAAUCGAACAAGUAGUGGGGUCUUUCUCGCGGAUGUUGAUUACUGUUUUGGUGAAUGUCGCUAAAACUUACCCGGUAAACUUAUAAAAAACAUAUUGCGUUUAUGAAGUAUAAAAUAUAAAAGUGAAUUACAAUUAUUUACAACAAAAGUUAGAGUAUUUCGAUAUUAGUGUCAUUAUAAAAUAAGUGCGAGUAUCGCGAUAAAAUAUUAUUGUUUUGUGAAUCUACUAGCAUAAGAGAGAUAAGGAGAGUGUAGAGUGUAUGCGAGUGCAUUUAACAUACUCACACAAUUGGUAUAUUCGGCAUGUUCGUGUACAAUGGCAACCUUGACACUUGGUGAUCGUUUUUGGCGGCUUCGUCCCGCUUCUACUGAAAUCGUGUUUGGUAGGAUCGCGUCGCGAGUGAAAGCAGCAGUGGCCAUUCUGUAAAAUCUUUAAGAGUUUGGCAGUAAAGAAUCAUUAAAACAUUUCGCGCUUCAGAUUAUAAUAUCUCACUAUUCUGUUUGUUUUCGUGAUUGUAGUUUUGUUCGUGAAAUUGUUCGUAUAAACUAUUGUUCUUAAAGGAAACAUAUCACACAAAAUCACAUCAAAUAUUUUGCGCAUAUACUGGAAAUUAAGAAAAAUAAACAGUUAAGCUGUAUAUAUGUAAACAUUAGUGGCUGUUUAAAAAAUUUAUGUAUUUUAAAUUAAUAUAAUUCAUUGUUAUUCAUAUCUAUUGUGAAUAUAAAUCAAAUAUAAUAUAAUUUUCUUACACAACUUUUGAAUAUAUAUAAUACUUGAUUUUUUUCAUCAUUUUGAAAAUACGUGUUAAACAACAUGAAAAAUAAAUUUUACGUGAUAUGUAUAUUUUUAUAUAGUGCUAUAUAUAAAAUAACUAUUACGUAGUUCAUACAUAAACAGCAUCACGUGAAGUUAAUAAAAAAAAAUAAAAAAGGACAAUGUUUAUGUGAAUAUCAAGAGUGCUUGACUAUUUUACAUAUUAUAAAUCAAAUACUACUUCUAUAAAAUAGAAAAAAUGGCACAAUUAAAGCAACAACUCCCACUUCAAAUGCCAGACUUAAGUAGUCUUCGUAUAACUACAGCUGUCUCUAUGCUUGGUAAAGCAUAUGGAUGUGGACAAUGUAGUGCUCCCCCACCUGGACCCACAACAAGUUCUUCUGUUGGAGCAGCUGGAGCAACUGGAAGCAGCGUUGUAGCUUCUAGUUCUUUAGGGCUUGUUUCCACACAACAAACACACACUCCUCCUCAACCUCCUGAACUGCCAAUGUUUUCAUGUCCUCGGAGACCAAAUAUAGGACGUGAAGGCAGGCCAAUUGUCUUAAGAGCUAAUCACUUCCAAAUAACAAUGCCACGUGGUUAUGUGCACCAUUAUGAUAUUAAUAUUCAACCUGAUAAAUGUCCUCGUAAAGUUAAUAGAGAAAUAAUAGAAACAAUGGUUCAUGCAUAUACCAAAAUAUUUGGAACUCUUAAGCCUGUAUUUGAUGGAAGAAAUAAUUUAUAUACAAGGGACCCCUUGCCUAUUGGUACUGAUAAAAUAGAAUUAGAAGUAACACUGCCUGGUGAGGGUAAAGAUAGAGUUUUCAGAGUUGUGAUAAAAUGGUUGGCUCAAGUUUCACUAUUUGCAUUAGAAGAAGCUUUAGAAGGACGAACAAGACAAAUUCCAUAUGAUGCUAUACUUGCUUUAGAUGUUGUAAUGAGGCAUUUACCAUCUAUGACAUAUACUCCAGUAGGUAGAUCAUUCUUUAGCACACCAGAUGGAUAUUAUCAUCCAUUAGGUGGUGGAAGAGAAGUUUGGUUUGGUUUUCAUCAAUCAGUUAGGCCAUCUCAAUGGAAAAUGAUGUUAAAUAUUGAUGUAUCUGCAACUGCAUUUUAUAAAGCACAACCUGUCAUAGAAUUUAUGUGUGAAGUAUUAGACAUUCGAGAUAUAGGAGACCAAAAAAGACCUUUAACAGAUUCUCAACGAGUUAAAUUUACCAAAGAAAUUAAAGGACUUAAAAUUGAAAUCACACAUUGUGGAACAAUGAGGCGAAAAUACAGAGUGUGUAAUGUUACACGUAAACCUGCUCAAAUGCAAUCAUUCCCGUUACAAUUAGAAAAUGGACAAACAGUUGAGUGUACAGUUGCAAAAUAUUUCUUAGAUAAGUAUAAAAUGAAGUUACGUCAUCCAUAUCUUCCAUGUCUUCAAGUUGGACAGGAACAUAAACAUACAUAUUUGCCACUUGAGGUCUGCAAUAUUGUUGCUGGGCAACGUUGUAUCAAAAAAUUGACUGAUAUGCAGACUUCUACUAUGAUAAAAGCUACAGCUCGUUCUGCUCCAGAUCGCGAAAGAGAAAUAAAUAAUUUAGUUAGAAGAGCUGAUUUUAAUAAUGAUUCAUAUGUUCAAGAAUUUGGUUUGACAAUAUCAAACAAUAUGAUGGAAGUUAGAGGUCGUGUUCUACCUCCACCCAAACUUCAGUACGGAGGGCGCGUAAGUUCCCUCAGUGGACAGACGAAACAACAAGCUAUACCUAAUGGUGGUGUUUGGGAUAUGCGUGGAAAACAAUUUUUCACGGGUGUGGAAAUUAGAGUUUGGGCAAUUGCCUGCUUUGCUCCACAAAGAACUGUACGAGAUGACGCAAUACGUAAUUUUAUAGCACAAUUACAAAGAAUAAGCAAUGAUGCUGGGAUGCCAAUUAUUGGGCAACCAUGUUUUUGUAAAUAUGCUACUGGGCCAGAUCAAGUAGAGCCCAUGUUUAGAUAUUUAAAAGCAACAUUUUCAUCAUUACAACUUGUUUGUGUUAUAUUACCUGGAAAAACGCCCGUAUAUGCUGAAGUCAAAAGAGUAGGAGAUACAUUAUUGGGUAUGGCAACGCAAUGUGUGCAAGCAAAAAAUGUUAAUAAAACAUCACCACAAACGCUGUCAAAUUUAUGUUUAAAAAUUAAUGUAAAAUUAGGUGGUAUUAAUAGUAUUCUAGUACCAACUAUUAGACCAAAAGUAUUUGAUGAACCUGUUAUAUUUUUUGGAGCUGAUGUGACUCAUCCACCUGCUGGAGAUAAUAAAAAACCUAGCAUAGCUGCAGUAGUUGCAAGUAUGGAUGCACAUCCAUCUCGAUAUGCAGCUACUGUUAGAGUUCAACAACAUAGACAAGAAAUUAUUCAGGAACUUAGUUCAAUGGUGAGGGAACUUCUUCUUAUGUUUUACAAAAGCACUGGAGGAUAUAAACCACUCAGAAUAAUUCUUUAUCGUGAUGGUGUCUCAGAAGGUCAAUUUCUUCAUGUUUUGCAACACGAGCUAACUGCCAUUCGUGAAGCUUGUAUUAAACUUGAAGCUGAAUAUAGACCUGGAAUAACAUUUGUUGUCGUUCAAAAGAGACAUCACACUCGCUUAUUUUGUUCAGAAAAAAGAGAUCAAAGCGGUAAAAGCGGAAAUAUACCAGCGGGUACGACAGUUGAUGUUUGUAUAACGCAUCCAACUGAAUUUGAUUUUUAUUUAUGUAGUCAUCAAGGUAUCCAGGGCACGUCACGACCAUCACAUUAUCAUGUUUUGUGGGAUGAUAAUCGUUUCGAAAGUGAUGAAUUACAGUCUCUAACUUAUCAACUAUGUCACACGUAUGUCAGAUGUACGAGAUCUGUUAGUAUACCUGCACCUGCAUAUUAUGCUCAUCUUGUAGCAUUCCGAGCCAGAUAUCAUUUGGUAGAAAAAGAGCAUGAUAGUGGAGAAGGAUCUCACCAAUCUGGCUGCAGUGAAGACAGAACACCAGGUGCAAUGGCAAGAGCUAUCACAGUUCAUGCAAAUACAAAGCGGGUUAUGUACUUUGCAUAAUUCUCUUUUGAAUUUUUCUUAUACACAUGCAAUUGAUACAAAAAAUAAUAAUCAUCAUAUCUUAUGAAGAUAUUUCUAGACUAUUUAAAUAUUAGAUAAUCUUCUUGAGUGGUCAAUUUUUUUUUGCUUAUUUUUAUAAUCAAAUAUGUCGAAAAUAUACCUAAAAUAUGUCAAAUAAUUUUUUAUUAAGCUUGGUUUUUUCCUUUUUUUAUGUUCUAUUUAAUAUAUUGUCGAUUAGGUUUUAGGCAAAUUUUCUAACAUUUUAGUAAGUAGGUAUUAAAAGAGGUGCUUUUAGUUAAUCAUGUUUUAGAUUGAUGCAGCUUGACCGGUGUGUCGUUUUGCGAUAAAGAUCACACGAAUAAAUAAUAUAAGAAAUCAGCUGCCGUGGAUAUUACGCUUAUUUCUUUUUUUUAGAGGUUAAAUUUCCUCUAGCAUUUGUAGAAUACAAAAAUAUCACAUUAAAACAUAAAUUCAUGAUUGUAUAAAUCGCUUUGCAAGACUGUUAUCUUGUUGUUUAUAUGUAGUUAUAUCAUUUGAUCAGUCAUUUUUUAUAUAUAUAUAUAAAAAAAAGAAAAAAAAAAGAAAAAAAAAAUUAGAUUUCCAAGUCAUAUGAGGAUAAAAUAUUAGCAUGUAUAGUCUAUCUUCAUGCUUAGCAUAUUUGUUAUUAUGCAACUAUGAUUCUAUCUUAUGACACUAUGAUUCUUUAUAAUAUCAUAUCUUUUAUGUCUAUCAUAUUUAUCAUAAGCAUUAAAAAAUUUGGCCACAUCAAGUAAUGAAUUGUCAAUCAAGAAAAUAUAUCUAAUUUAAUAUUAUAAAUUGAAAAUCCAGAAGUACAUGUUUUAUUCUAUUUGGUUUAGUUGCACAGGUACUAUUUUUUGCAUGUGGAACGAGAAUUAUGAUAUAGCUUGAACUGUGGUACUUUAUUCAUAUCAACUAUACAUUAACGUAACAUUUUGACAAAGGUAAAUGAAUACAUACCUUUUAUCUGGUGUUUCAAAUAUGCAACAUUAUCUCUUCAGGCAAAACAAGUACUUUUAAGUGAAAUCUUUAUGGCAUUAGAUUCGGGUUGAUAACUAACGCCCUAUCAACGCAGAAAAUAAUUCAGAUAAGAAUAGAAUAGGGAUAAUUCAACUAAUGCAAAAUAAAUCAGAAAUAUAAUGUGAAAUUAUUAGGAUAAGAUUUGUUUUAUUUGUUGUAAAACAAAAAUUUUAAGGUCCUCAAGUUUUAUUUAAAAAAAAUUCAUCAUUUAUGAUUCAUCUACAAAUUGAAUCUAUUUAAAUGGAACAAUAAUCUUAAUUGAUACAAUAAUUGUAUUAAGAGCCUUGCAAGUAAUUACAAUCUAGAGGCAAUAGAUAGGAUAAUAAAGUGUAUAAAUAUGUAUUGAUGCCGUGCCCCAUAAAUUGUUUAUUAUAUAUUGUUAGAAUCAUUAAUACACUAAAAAAAAUUUUUAUGAUUUUUAUUGUUUUACACAUAAGAUUUAUAUUACGCAAUCUUUUAAAAUUAUAAUUUUAUUUUAUUUAAUAAAAAACAGUAUUAAUAAUCACUAAAUAUCAUAUCAUUAAAUGAUUGAAUAAAAUAAAAGAUUGUGAAAUUCAAAUUCUUGAUAAAUAUAUUCAAAUGAAAUUUUACAAAAUAUAUUCAAUGAAAUUUGAUUUAAUGUAAAAAAAAAAUUUAUAAAUAGACAAUAAAAACAAAAAUUUUAGUCUAAUGUUUGAUAUUUUAAUAAAGAUUCUAAACAAAAUAAGAAAAAAAUCGUUUUAAAACUAUUAAUAUUAGUAAAAUUUGGAUAAUAGUGUAAGUUGGUAUUUAAAAUUUGUAGAACUUUGUGCAUUAAUGAUUCUAAUUUUAGAUUUACAAGUGAUACAAUGUUAAUAUUAUCUUGGAAAGUAUGAAAAGGACCUUAAUCUAUCAAUAAUAUUUAUUCUAGUUAUAAAUUUAAGUCCAUAAUGUAGACUAUCACUUAUAACAUUUAAUACCUAGUUUCUGACUUUGUGACAGAUUAGGUAACUUGUUAUGUAUGGUUUGAGUAAAAGAGUGUAAUUCUUGAAUACUGUUUACAAGAACAGUUAGGCAGAUGAAUCAAUUUCAAACAUUUGAAGGCAGCAGAUAAGCAAAUGCAAAUAUUAAAAUCGGUAUGCAAAUUGAAAAAAAAUUGCAAUUUCCGAUUAAUGAUUAAAAAAAUAAACAAAAAUUUAUUGUCCGUAAGGGUGUGAAGGUACCAAAAUAGAUGCGAAAAUAAUGCUUAAAUAAUGAUGAAUUACGAAUCCAUUUUAAUCGUAAUAAGGUCGACGAUUAGAAUUAAGUCAAUCUAACUAUUGCAGAACAUUGCAGUGUAAAUAUAUAUAUUCGGUGCGCAAGUAAAUACCAAAAUUGAAAAGAUAUCGAAGAAAUAACUAAAGCAUUGUCAUGAAAUCAUAUAAUUCAAGAAAAACAUUCAUUAUUCGAUUACUCACAUUUCAUAUCUCAAAAUAAAUAAUUCGUUACGUAGUGAUAUUUUUCCUUCAAAGUUUGUGAUGGCAUUUGAUAUUUUCCUGCGCCCGAUCAAAAACUAGCCUCCAUUUGUAAAUAUACCUCAGUAAUUUAUCUAUACAUCACUAUCCCAUUUAGUAAAUAAUGCUCGAUGGGCAAUAGGUGGAAUGGUUACAAAGAUUUUUGUAAUUUUUAUUUUAAUUAGAUGAAUUAAGAUAUUAGUUAUAUAUAUAUAUAUAUAUAUAUAUUGUUUAUUGAUCUUUUAAAUCUCGUAUAAAAAAUUGCACUGAAACGAAAAAAAUACCGAUUGGAGUUCAGUUUUGAUAAUAUACAUGAAUUUAUGCAGCGCGUCGUAAACUUGUACCUAAAAAAAGCACGUGGCAAUUUAAAAAAAAUCUUCAAAGAAACGGGUUUAUGAAAUACAUUACUUAGUACGUAAUAAAAAUAACCGGAUCUAUUCACAAAACAGAAGAGUUUACUUCCUACCACGAGUCCCAGACAUUUUAAUAUAAGGCAAAUAAUUUAUAUUUGUAUAUCUAUAUUAUAAAUAUUAUGUAUGUAUAUAUAUAUAUAUAUGUGUGUGUGUGUGCAUAUAUAUAUAUAUCUUAGCAUACAUAUAUAUAUGCAUAUGCGAAGAUUAACUGUAUUGCAUUUGUUAACAAAUGCCGUGUGCAAAGAAUACAUAUGAAUUAUGCAACAAUUCCAGGAAUAAGAUGACAUUAAACAUCCUUGUAUUUCGAAGAGCUUUACGGGUUACAUCGUAAUUAAUUAUAUUUGCAAGUGAUCAAUUUUCAUAAUUAAUUAAUAAGCUAUAUUAUCUUUAAAAAAGAUAUCUAUUAUUCUCAAAAGGUUAUAAUCGUCAGUGUUUUUAAGUGGCGUUCAUCGAUAAACUUAAUAAAAAUUAAGCAAAUCGAUUUCUAUAAAUUAUGAAUUAUUAAUACAAUUUUGAAUGUUUAUUAAAUCAUUUUACAGUAUUAAUAUUAAUUCAUUAUCGACUCCACUGUAAUAUUAUCUCAGCACAAAAUUAUGUAGAUAAAUUGCGAUUCUUUGUUUUAGUGUUUGUAAGUGACUCGCAAAGCGCCACCAAAGACCUUGACGUUGCAAUAUUAUGAUUUUCAUUCAAGUUUUAUUUAGAUUUAUAAAGGAAAAUGUAUUAAUGAGAUUAAUACGAUGUUAAACGGAUAUUGGUCAAAUUUCAGGAAAUGCAAUUAAAUAAAUAUAUAAUACACAAUUUUAGAUAAAUAGAAACUAGUAUAACUAGUGAUGAACAAAAUAUUAGUACAGAUAAUAUUUCAUUAUGAAAUUUACAAUAGUUUCGAAAAAUAUUUCUUUCAAUGAAAUAUAUUAUAAAUCAUGAAUAUGUUAAAUAAUUAUGCAAUUACAAAAAUAACAGAAUAUAUAUCGGGAACUAUUAAAAAAAAAUAUUAUGAUUCUUAUAAUUUUGUAUUGUAAUUUGUUAAAUUAUUUUGUUUAAUAUUUUAUAUGAAACUUUUUUAUUAUUAUUUUUUCAAAUCAUUUGUACACUAAAUAUUGUUCAAAUAUAAUAUAAUAAUAAUAUAAGCAAUAUGCUUUGAAUUGUUACUAAUAUAUGUUGAAAGUAAUAAUUUUUUUUCAAAUUUAAUUUUCUCAUAUUUCUGUACAAGUUUAAAAUAUUGAAAAAAAUAAUUUACAUCACAUUUUUAUAGUACAUCAAUCAAAGAGGUUUGAAAAUCUCUAUUUUCUCAUUCUAUUAAUAAAAUAUUGAAUAGUUUAAAUAGGCUGUUAAAUAAUUGUUAAACAAUUAUUUAAUAAUUUUUUAAGGCUAAUUUAAUAUUAAGUUCUUAAUAUUAUUAAAAAUUGCAUUGAAAAACAUUUUAAAUAUUUUGUUAUACUAAUAUUCAGGAUCUUCAUAUAUUUUAUUAUAUGCAAUUCUUUACAAAUUUUGUUGAAUUACGAUAUUUUUAAAAAUUUUUAAAUUUAAUAAGCUAUUCUUCUUACUUAUUUAAUAUCAACCAUUUCUUACGAUGUUUUCUACAUUACAGACUUUUCUUCCCUGUUUUUUUUAAGAAUAACUUAUAUUGUCUUAAAAUAUUCAUUAUUUAAUUUUUGAUGUUAAUAAUUUAAUUACAUUUUUGAUUAUUAGUUUGUAUUAAUUAUUCUUAGUACAAUUAAAUAAGAUUUUUUUUUAUUUAUGCAAAUGUAAUGUUUCUGGUGCUUUUUUCAGCUUUAUUUAUUUUUCUUAUUUAUGUAUUUCCUACUUUUUCCAUGAUUUUAUUAAUUAUUUAGAAUUAUUAGUUUAAAUCUUGAAAUUUUGAAAAUAAAUUUUCUAUAAUUAUCACUCGUAUUUUAGUAAAAAUAAUUUCCUAUAUAUAAUUCAUUAUUUUCUGUUAAUCAACAGUUAUUUAACAUGAAUAUUUAAUUGAUAAUCUCGAAAAUUAAAUAUUUGGAGAAUUUUAUAAGCAUAAUUAUAAUAUAAUUUUUCUCCAUUUUUUCACGAUUAUAAAUAAUUUUAUUGUUACAAACAACAGACAAAAGAUUACUUGUGUUAAUAUUUUUGUUCAUCAUUCUAUAUUUACAUGCAGAAAGAAAGAAAAAAAAAUCAAUAGUUUCGUAUAGCACUUAAAGAAUUUCUAUAAUAUUUUUACAAUACUUUUUCUUUCUCUUUUGCUUUUCCUACGAAGUUUUAACCACUAGCCGUUAAUUUUUUUCCGCAAAUGUGUGAAAGAAAUAAUAAUUUCUUUCUCUGCGAAAGCGUCAAGAAUUUACUGUAGCAUAAGUUUAUUUCACUUAAGCACUAAAAAACGUACACAUAUAAAAGCGCUUAAGGGUAUAGAUGUGAAAAACUGUCAGCUUUAAGAAUGUCAGAAUCUUGAAAAAAAAUUCAGUGAUGGCGUUCCCAAUGAAUUUUAUUAAUCCAAGCAUCAUGAUAUAGUAUCGUAGUUUUUAGGAUUGUCUAGUUAAUUCCGUUUUGAAAUGCGAAUGUGUUGUACCUACCAAUACCGCCGAAUUGAAUACAAACGAAUAAGCAUUGAAAUAAGGGAAUAUUUGAAUAAAAAUGAUCAUUAAUGAUGAUAAUAAUUAGCCGACUGUAAAAGUAACGCUUUAUAGGCUAAGCUAUACUUGUGUAAUUUCUUGUCGAGCGUGCUCUGAUUUCUUGUCUACACGCGCUUUUUCAUCACUGAUCUCAGAGGAUGUUUGCGCACCUUUUAUUAUGUUGCUAUGUAUAUGUUAGAGCACGAGCUCUCUUAACCCCUUUUUACUAAUGAGCUCGAGCAUCUUAAUUAUUAUAAGGAAAGGUUUAUGCAAAUUUGUGAUUUCAAUGUAAAUUACAACCAAAUACGUUCGCUGUUUGUAGGAAGUCAUUCGGACGACUUUCAUUCUACCGUUAACAAAAAUAUCGAUAAUUUGCAGAUUUUUGUAAAGUUUCAUUAGCGAUCAAUGUUUUCACAUUCAGAUUUAUUAUUUCCAUCAAUUGUAUUUAAUGCAAAAGUGAUGUGAAUUUCUUUAGAAGAGAUUAAUCAUGAGAGCAAUUUUUAUAUAAAAAUACAUAAAAUGUUUUGUGUAAUUAAAAUUAUUUUUAGUUAUUUAAUCACAAAAUGCGAAUACAUUUAACAUGAACAAAUAUUCUGCUAUAAAUUUAGAUUAGUUAAAGAGAACACAUUUUUUUUUGUUUUAAUAUUUUUUUUUUUUUUAAAAUCAUUAAAAUUUAGUUACAUUAUAAUUGACAAUUAACAAACAUUUGCACACUGACAUAAAUGUGAAAAAAAUAUACAAUGUUUUUUUUCAAUUUUAAUUAAAUAUUCACUUAUUACAAUUACAAUUAAUAAUGUGGCAGAUAUUAUAUAUCCAUAUGAUUGAUCGAUUGAAACGAAAAUUGCAUUUACUUUUGUGCGAGUCCAGUGAUACGUUAUGAACGUUUGAUGCAUAAUUUUUUUAUAGAGACCUGAUUUCAUAAGUUCACGAGGAACAAUGUAUGUGUCGAGUAUAUCGCGGAUGUAAAAAUUGUGCGAAAAAAGGAAUAAAUUACAAGCGAAUAAAUCGAAGAAGUGCCAAAAAAUAAUUAUAUUGGAAUGCGUUAUAUUGAAAGCUGAUUUUAUCGAAAAGUAUUGCUGAUAAGCAAAGAAUGCAAAUAAGAGAAAUAAGUAAUAUAAAUCUUGCCAUCGAAAUUUGAAUUGGCAAAUUUCUAUUUGUAGCCGAAAUACGAAUUGUAGCGAAGACGUGACAUCAAUUAUUUAUUUUCGAAUGAUUAGAAAAUUUUUUAAAUAAAUCUAUUGAAUUUUGAAAAUUUACAAAUUUUCUUUAAAGUUUUAUAUUACGUCUUAUAUUACAUGCGAACUAUUUUAGUUUCAAAUGUUUUUUAUACAAGAAUGUAAAAGUGAGAAAAACAUUCGAAUGCUAUUGUACCUGUUGGAUUUCGAAAAAAAAAAAAAGAAAAAAAAUACAAAUCCAAAAAAUAUGUCUCGGUAUUAAUGUUUGUAUGAUUGUCAAUGCUAUUUUUAAAAAUUAUAUAUUAUAUUAUUUUUAUUACAAUAAUUUCUUAGUUCCAAUAUUAUUUUAAAUAUAUAUUAUGUGUAUUUAUUUGUUCAUAUAUGUUAAUUAUUUAUUUUCUUGAAUGAUAAAAAUUUCUACAAAUUAUAGAAUAAAUAAUUUUUUAUAUAUUUUUUAAUUUAUCGAAAUAUAUUAAUUUAUUGAUUUAAUGAGAUGAUUAAAUUUUGACAACAAUUAAAAUUUUUUAUUGUUUUUUUAUUCUAAUACACAUGCGAGGUAAUAAGUAAAUAAUUAUAUCGCCAGAAAGUAAAAUACAUAACCGGGUUAUUGAAUAUUUACUUAUACAUUUUGUUGAAAAUAAUUUGAAAGAGAAAAACAAGAAAUACGAGAAAUCGAAAUACGUGUAAUCGAAAUAAUUGUGAGAUUAUUAGAAAAAUGUCGUCCGUCCUACAAACUGCCUUGUUCAAUUAAAUUUGACAUCCCACCGGAUGAAAAAAAAAAAGAGUUGUAUAAAUCUUCCUUAAUAUCUACAAGUGCCUGGCGCUUUACUUGCGCGUGUUUGACGUGGCAAAUAAUAAGUUUGAAUUUAUUGCGAGUAAAGAUUUUCAAAAUUUUAAAGAGGAUGAAAGUGCGCGGGAGAAAAAGAGAGAGAAAAAAGAGAACAUCAUAAUAAAAAAACAGUAUGUGUGUGAAAGUGUGAAAGUUAGAGCGAAAGCGAUAGAAACGUUUACUAUCGAAUAUAUAAAAAGUGAAAAAUCUUAAAAAUCGAGGUGACCAUUUUCUGAGUUUCAUAGUUGGACAUCCAGCCUUCACGUACAAUAAAAAAAUUUAAAUUUUGCACAAUACAACUAUUACGUAUUCAAACUUUUAUAUAAUAUGUAUGUGACGUGUUGUAUGAGUUGCAUAUUAUUAUAUAAUGCAAUGACGCCUCUCGUUAACCCUCUAUAAUCUAUAUAAAGUUCAUGCGAAUAAUCUAAGAAUUUUUUUAUUUCUAAAAUUUCUGUAAAUAUUGUUAUAUACCGUAGUUAUAUUAUACGAUCCGUAUUGUAAAAAAUAGAACAAUUUUUUUUGCAUAAAUGGGUCAUAUUAUAAUAAGAAUAGAAUCGUAAUAAAAAAAAAUCGAUCUAUCGAACUAGAUUUUAAAAGCAAUUGAUGACGGUGAAACUAAAAUAUUCAUGUAAUCAUAUUCGAAUGCUUCUUUUUGUAGUUUUAGAUCUCGAAAGAGUUAUAAGCGGAAUAUGUAAAUUUAUAAACGAAGACAUUUAGAAAUGAUCUUGUUGAAGAAUUUUAAAACGUUGGAAUCGUGAAUAUGUGAAAUAUUCAUAUUAAAGAAUUUCAUGAUUGUAUGUUAAUGAUCACUGUUAAAAAGAUAAUUCUCUGUAUAGAAAAUUUUUGGAGAUAUUUUUAAAUAAGAAAGUUCAAAAAAUUGAAAUUCAAGAUCAUUUCGAAAAUUUCUUCUAUUGUAUAAUUUUUAAAAACGAUAAUUCAAAGAGGAAGCAUUUGCAAUUUGCAUUUGUAAGCAUUUUACGUUUACAAACAUUAUAUAUAUAUCUAUAUAUCAUUUUAUCAUCCUCCAUCUUUAAACACGCUAGACAAUUUUAAGAAUAUUCUUUAAAGAUAAUUUGUCAGAUACGCAUGAAAUGCAUGAAAAUCAUAGAUUUGUAGAGGGUUCAGAUACGUAUAAUAUGAAAUAGCUGUAUUAUGUCAUGGAUUCUAACAUUACAUAAUAAAUGCAAUUUGAAAUUAA